AGCUGCCGGCCGGCCGGUGACUCGCUCGUUUCGCAAAAGUUCUUCGCUUUAUGCGAUCACGCCCAGUAAUGGGCUACAAGCCAAACAGGGACGUCUGCAGCGUUCAGCUGAAAGGAAAAGUUUGAUUUCAAGGCUAAAUAAGAAGAGAAGGAUCCGAUUGGUUGGACGAGGUUGCAGAGAGCUCCGGUUGGCUGUCGCAGAAUCAUUAAACACCCACACUGUCAAUAGUGAGACUCACAUGGUGGGUAUAUAGGCAGGUGUAUUUUAGCUUGAUGCAACAGACUCAACAUUUCAUCAAGUUGAUAUAUACUCUCUAUUUUGGAACAACUCUUUUCUACUCUCUAUCGCACGAAGCCUAACAUCUUAAGGAGACCAUGGUUAUGUUGAAGAUCUCCGCUUUCCUUGUUGCCUAUGCUCUGAUUAUUUGCCAGACGUACAGCUCGAACGCAGCUCCUGCCAGGCCUGCGUUGGAAUCCACACAAGAUCGAGCUACACUUACCGACUACGAAGCGAGACGAUUGCUUAACGCGAUUGUCAAAGAAUUUGUGCAAAUGACCGCAGAGGACAUGGAGCAACAAUCUACUGAAGAAAACAGUGUAACAGCGCAGAAGAGGGCUUGCAACACCGCCACGUGUGUGACCCAUCGCCUGGCAGAUUUUCUGAGUCGCUCCGGAGGAAUCGGAAGCAGCAAAUUUGUCCCCACUAAUGUGGGCUCCCAGGCAUUCGGCAGACGAAGGAGGCUCAUUCAGGAGUAGGCCCACGGGGUCACCACAUCCACAAUUCUUCUUUGAUCGCAGUCAAUUAAAGAGAAAGCAUCAUGUCCACAUCAAGAACUCUGGGAAUGGAAACGCAUCACCGUCAUCAGAAUCAACUCCAGCUGAUCCGGCCAGACAUUAAAACUGCUUAUUUAUUUGCUCUUCGACAAAAUGAAAAAGAAAAGAGAGGUGAACAGUAACCAUAAUCAUUUUUCUACUCAUUUGGGAUAUGAGGAAGAGCAUCGCUACAUUCUUUCUUCUCUGCAGAGAGCACAUUCAGUUAGUAUGUACAGUCUGGUUUGGCCCAUGCUCCUCUAAUGUGUGUCUCAGCACAAUAGGGUAUUUUGGGAUCAUAUUAAAGCAGCGCCUCAUAAAAAGGCUUCCCUGAAUAUGGACGUGUCUUGUGCCUUGAUGUAACACACUUUACAUGCCGCUGUUGUACAGUAUGUUUAAAUGAAAGGAGGGAGGUACUACCACUGAAUUACAAAUUGUAACAAUUGUGAAUUUGAGCAAGAUUAAAAUGUAUUUUAGAUACAUAAGGUUUGGGGUACUUGAUUUAUUGACUGACUGGUUGUAUUAGUAAUUGGUCUUACGCACGCCCCCCCCCCCACGCCCCUUUCUGAUGCACGUUGCAUUUUUGAUACAAUCAUACAAUUAAAAAACAACCAUAAAUAAAUAUUUUACAGUU